AAAAGAUGGCACCCAGCACUGCUUUUCUAAAGCAACAAAAUAUUUCACCAAAGAAAAAAAAUAAGCUACGAAAGCCAGUUGUGGAGAAGAUGCGCAGGGACAGGAUUAACAGCAGCAUUGAACAGCUGAAAGUUCUGCUGGAAAAUGUCUUCCACCAGCAGGAGCCCAAUGUAAAGCUGGAGAAGGCCGAUAUCUUGGAGAUGACAGUCACUUACUUAAGACAACAAACUCUUCGGCUAAAAGGUGAAAUCCCUCACAACAAUAACAUCCAAAUGGAAUACAAAGAUGGUUACUCCAGAUGUUUUGAAGAAGUUAUUGACUUUUUAUCACUUCACCAAAAGCAGCCAGAAGCAGAAGCCAAGCUAAUCAGUCAUUUCCAUUCAAAUGCGGCAGCCAGCAGCAUGUCGUCUUUUCCUAUGAGAUACAAUCAAUCCAAGCCAGAAAAUAAUAUUGGCAACAGCAGCAGUCUUUGGAGGCCAUGGUAGAUGUGAAGAAGCUUGUCAAUCAAGAACAAAACAACCCAGAGGAUUAUGUAACUUGUUCGGUUAUGGUCCUCUUAGACUGUAGGAAAUAUUUUCCUGUACCUCUAGUGUAAGGGGUUUAUAUUUGUUUGUUAAAAUGGAGUGUGGCUCCUUAGUCAUUUUAGCCCUGCAGGUGCACUGACAAUGGCAUCCAAGAGGUCUUAAUGGCUAUGAGCAAUAUGGUUGUUAGCCCAGCACUCUGUUAUAUUGUACUUUGCAAAAUAGUAGUGCAUUGUAUGUAAGCCAGUGAAACGCAUAUGCGUAGUUGCAUUUGCCUUCAGUAUAAAGAUUUUCUAUUAAGAUGUAUAGGUUGUACAUGUUACAGUAUUGGUAGGUUUAUAACCCUUAGUACUUGCCAAUAAGCGCUUUUUUCUCAGACCAGUUUGAUUCUGCAAAGCAGAAUAUCACUGUGUAGCAGUUGCAGUAAUGGAUAUCUCCAUCUAUAAUUCAGUAUAAGAAAAUGUUUUAGGCUUUGAAUAUAUAAAUGUAAUAUAUAUAUAUAUAUAUACAGGUAUUAUAUAUAUUAUGUCAUACUAUAAUGGGUAACUAACUAGAACUUGGUUAGUCUAAAGAGCACAUGGGGCACAUAGCUUAAGCUAUAUUCCGUUCAGUUUAACAGGGGAAGUUAAGCAAAAUAUUGUGAAAAUAUUAUUGCAUAUGCUAACCAAUGUAAGGCUCAAUUAAAUGUAGAAUAUUUCUACAAUUAUGUUUGUUUUUCAUAAAAAUAGCAUAAGUAUAUUUGCUUUAUAGUAAAGAAUAUAUGUAAGAGAUUCAAUGUAUUUCAUUAUGGAACCAGUUCCCUGUUUUCAUGGCAAAAUGUUUUGUUGAGGGAAAAAUAUGUUAAUGCAUAUUGUAUAUGCCAAACGUGUAUCUUUAUUUAACUGAGAAAAUACAUUUAUUUUUGUUAUAAUAAAAAUCAAGCUGCAUGUUCAUCUUUGUAAAUGUCCCCACUAUGUAUUGAUAUAGACAAUUUCAGCACACAAUGAAGAGAGCAAAUUAAAUGGUAGUUAAAAACUAAAAAUGAUGAUGGUGGUUCUGGGGAACUCAUCAAUGAAUAAAACUAGAACACAAAGGUUUUAUUAAA